AUGAACGAAGCCCUCCAAGACGAAAUCGCAGCCCUAAACUCCAUCUACGGCAAUAUCACUGCUUGGCGGAUCAGAGGCGAAAACGGGACGAGUUAUCAAGAUUGUGACGACGACGGGGAGACGGCCGCGGGAGGGAGGCUGCUUCACCUGAUGCAGGUUAUGGACUUGUGGGAUGUCAUGGUGGUGGUGACGCGGUGGUAUGGAGGGCAGAAGCUGGGGCCGAGGCGGUUCGCGUUGAUUAAUAUGGCUGCUAGGGAUGGGUUUGUCAGGGCUGGAUUGGUGACUGAGGAGAAGGAGGGGGGGAGGAAGAAGGGGAGGUGA